CGGACUGUACUACGAUAUCAUCAUGAAGCUUCUAAUCGUUGUAGUAAUUGUAGUGAUUAGCAUUAUAUGUCCAUCUAAUGCGUUUCACGCGAAUUCCUUCGAUGCCAUUAAAGGUUGCAAGCAGUACGGCCAUGUGGGGAAUUAUAAUGAUCCACUGACGUACAUCCCGACGAAAGAUCUGCUGCACGUCGAAAAUACAAGCAAAUCCAAGCUCAUUAAGAUAGCCGUGCAAGGAAGCUCUGAUGGCAUCCUACGUUUCGGCACUUCUCUAUACCCAUACAACAGGGAUGUGAUAGAGAUAGUACUUGGAGGAUGGACCAACACGCAGAGCGCUGGAAGACGACAGCAUCGAUCGGCAUCGAAUAAUAAUACGAACCUCGUGCUUGCCGAGGUACAGACUCCGCAGCUGUUGUCCGCUAAUCGUCCAACCGUGUUUCUGGUCGAGCUGUUCCACGAUGGUACGAUUCAGGUUAGGAUCGAAGGACAGGAUUACCCGUUCCUGUUAUUCAACGAUGCAAAGAAAACUCCGUUCAACUAUAUGGCCUUCACCAAGUGGAAUAACGACGUGGUCUAUUUCUACGAUUGUCCUGUGAAUGCGAACGCUACGAUUUGUUACGAAGGUGGUAAAAUGCAGGUAAACUAAAGUGCGAUCAACGACACGAAAUUGGCAAGUGCAAGGUCUGACGGUUGUAUUACUAAUUACUUAAUAAAAAUGUGAAGAGCAAAAGCAGCCUCUGUAGACAUGGAAUGAUUAAGAGAUGGGAAAGAAACUAUAUCAACAUUAUAAAACUUUUAAGGACAACAGAAGACGUCACGCAUGUUCAGCUAAUAUGGCCGAUAUGAUAAUCGUUCUCAAGUCUGUGCCAGAACACCACACGUAAGGUUCUUCGUCACCAGAUCCACUCACGAAAGAAGCAGAGCUUGGAUAAUACUUGCAACAGCUUACCAAUAAAGUCGUGUUGCUACUUCCGUCAAACAUGAUUUCCGGCAAGAUCUGGUUAACGGAAAGAUAAACUGUUAUUUAACAAAAGCAAAGAAACUAAAUGUUCUUAGAAUCGUACUAGACUUGUAGAUAAGAAUGAAAUACUAAUAUUGAAAUAUCUAACAUUAAACAAGGCAAACGUUAAAGAUGUACACAGACAUGAUAGUAAUAUAUAUUGUUGUUCAUACGCCUGCAAAUCAAAUGUUAUCACUCACUUGUUGUCUCUUGUAUCAUCAGCCAAACGAUGCUAAGAUAAAGUGAAAUGGUAUUUGUACGUCUGAAAAACCCCAGAACCUGCGCAAAGAUAAAACUAUUUAUAAUGCAUCGCACUCUGAAUUAAAUUGCAGUUCCGUGCGGUGCAUCACACAGCAGGAAGUAAAAUGAGUUCGCUGAAAGGUGUACCGAUAAUUGUGUUCGCGCUGGUUGUUGGAGCAUUGGCGAGUAACUCGUUCAAUAUUAUCAGAGACUGCAAGCAGUACAACGGUGCGAUAGACUAUAAUGGACCGGUAAGUUACUUCCCAACGUCCAACCUGCAACACGUACGCCGCACAGAUCGCUCGAAGGUGUUUAAAUUUGCUGUACUUGGCCCAAUGGAUGGACAUUUGCGGUUUGGAAGGUCGCAAUUUCCAUACGAUAGCAAUGUGAUUGAGAUUGUGCUAGGAGGAUGGCGAAACAGCAAAAGUGCUGGAAGGCGCCAGUAUCGAACGGCUGGUAACCGAGCAACGAACAAUGUGCUCGUCGAAGUUCAAACUCCCAAUCUGUUGUCUCCGUUUCAUCCGCUAAUGUUUGUGCUGGAAGUGUUCAACGAGGGACGGGUGGAGUUACGGAUCGAUGGCCAGCCGCAACCGUUCCUGGCGUUCCAAGAUAGUAGCCGGAUCCCCGCUAAUUAUAUGGCGUUUAACAGAUGGGAAAGGGAAUUGAUCUACUUCUACGAUUGUCCUUUUUAGAGCGGAAAGGAUCCUGGAAACCAAAACAAUUAUAAAAAAAAUAAAACAAAAUAAAAUCAAUGAGCUGAAUGGGCUGGUCUCGUCAUGGGUUCAAGCCCCGAAUGGCAGGUCUAGGACCGAAGACGGUUGUAA